CACCGUGUUCCCAACAUUUCUUGAACACAGGUCACCAGUCUGCAGAGCGGGUGGUGAGCCUCAGUUGAACAGAGUGGGUCUCUCAGCUGAGAACGGUGUUUCCCCUGAUGGAUCCUGGAUGCUUUGAGGCCUGGAUGACUGACAGUACAAAAUCUGAGCCUGACCUUCUCCAUGGGAGAAUGCAUUUAUGAAUUUUGAACAAUGGACACAAAACAAGUAGAUUUGUGCUUCUAGUGAAUGAAUGGGUGUUUCUACACCAACUCAUCUUCUUGCAAGCAUCCAUUCACAUCUGAGUGAGGCAUCUACUCAUUUCCCAUGUCAGGUAUUUGACCGUCAGAGACAUGUCCAACGACAGCUGCAACCUCCCCUUGAACACAGACACAUUCGGCCUGACCUGUAUCUACGGCCUCAUCUUCUCUUUGGGUCUCCCAAGCAACCUGCUGUCGCUCUGGGGACUGUACCAACUGGGUCGCUCAGGCGGAGGAGGCUGCCAGCUGGUCUACAUCCUCAACCUGCUGCUGUCAGACCUCCUCCAACUGCUCACCCUGCCACUGUGGAUCCUCUACCUCCAGGGCGAGCACCGCUGGCCCUACGGCCAAUUGACCUGCGAACUGGUCGGUUACGUGUUCUAUGUGAACGUCUACGCCAGUGUCAUGUUCUUAUGCCUAAUAGCGCUGGACCGCUGCCUGGCAAUUGUUUACCCACUGAGCAGCCGCAGGGUGCGGAGUGUCCGGGUGGCAGCAGUGUCCGGAGUGGCAGUCUGGACCCUCACCUUCCUGUUCUGCCUGAGCGGGCUGCUGCCAUCUGUGUUUGACUCUGACAGACUGCUGUGUCUGGAGCAGUACCCCGUCAGUCCCAGAUAUGCCCACUUCAAGAUCACCACUGUGGUCCUUGGUUUUCUGCUGCCAUGUUCCAUCCUAGGCUACACCUCAGCCCACAUCGGGGUCACACUCCAGCGUUCCCCUUCUCUGUCAGACCACGAGCGCCACAAAAUCGUGGGCAUCCUGGUCGUCAUCACAGUCAACUUCAUCGUCGUCUUUGGGCCUUACCACCUCGUGGGUGGAUACAGGUUUGUGUCCUUGCUGCUGACGGAUGAACCGUGUGGAUUGGAGCGUUCCAUUUUCCUCAUCUAUCGUCUGUGCUACGGCCUGACCAGCCUUAACACCCUUCUGGACCCCCUCUUCUACAUCUUCCUGUGCACUGACGCUCGGUUGGAGCUGAAGAGGUCCCUGCCCUGCUUGGGGAGGGGCCAAAACACCCGUGGAAAGGCGGCGAGAGCUCACCCAGACAACCAGGGUGGGAAUGAAACUGUACACAAUAACCUUCUUGCAAUUUAACCUGGAUUUGACUACUUACCUGACUCUUGCUACUUUAUUCAAUGCAACUGCACCACCCAGUGGAAAUGCAUGCAUUUGGUUCAUGCAUUUGGUUCAUGCAUUUGGUUCAUGCAUUUGGCUCAUGCAUUCGGUUCAUGCAUUUGUGUCGCACAAAUAUAUCAAAGUGAAGAACUGUUGAGCUGUUGCUUACAAUAACCUCAACACAGUAGAAAUAUAUAACCAGAUGAAAUGACUUUGAGAGACUGACGUGUGUUGUGGACAUUUC